AUGUACGACGUCUGUGUUAAGGAUUACUGCCACAGCUUCAAAAAGGGAAAAGUUAGAGAGCGGGUGCUGUGUAACGUGCUAGAGGGAUACGCAGCAUGGUGUAGCAGAAUGAACAAACCAGUUAGGUGGAGAACGCCGUUUUGCAGGAAGCGUUUGAAUUGUCCCAAAAAUUCUGUGUACCGAGCCAUUACCAAGGGAUGUGCAAACUCGUGCGUCAACAAGAGAGCAGCACGAAGAUGUACGAGACCAAAGGUAGACGGAUGUGUGUGCAAGGCUGGGUUUUUCGCAAGUGGGGACACAUGUGUGCGCAAGACAGAUUGUGGGUGUCAAGAAAAUGGCAGAUAUUACAAGCUGGGUUCCAUUCGUCGUACUAGUGACUGCACUACUUUGGAGAAAUGUGUCAAAAAGGGUAGAAAGGCCCGCUUUGAAGUCAUCGAAUCAGGAGAAAGAUGUAAUCAGUGGGCAACAUGUAAAGUGGCGGAUGGCUUUUACAACUGUGUCUGUGAACCUGGUUUCAUUGGAGAUGGAUACCAAACAUGCACACCUGAGAAAACAUGUAACGUAGUAGAAACCACUAAAGACUGUGAGGCGACUGUGAAGCUGACAGGACGAUGCAUGUUCAAAUCCAGACAUAACAACGACUGUAAUUAUCUAGUGUACACCAUGAAGGAUCGAUCCUACAUCCAUUUCACGGGAAAAUCUAGUCACGUGACAUUGAUGGAGGGCAAAGAAACUUACGAGGAUUGUGCAUCGUUUUCACUGAAUCACCACAACGCUACUGUCACUAUCAAGGAGCGCGUGUGUAAUUGUCCCGGUCACUAA